ACUUGCGAGUUGCGACCAUUACUACCACGACCACUAUCAAUGUGCACUGGUGCUACAGCGACAGUUGACCACGAUUACACUCCAGGGGCAGCGGCGGCGACGACGACAAGUCGACAACGUCAAUAUUAAUGCCACCGCCGCCGCAGAUUACAGAUUACCUACGUUUUUUUUUCUUUUCUAUCAUUGUUAUCGUCGUUCGCCGUCGCCGUUGUCAGCGAACGGAAACGUCGGAAAUCAACUUUUGGUGCCUACCCGUUGUGUGAGCGUGCCGGGCAAUAUUCUUGUUAACACGGUGCCCGGCAGUGGGUCGGCUGUGUAGACAGGCGCCAUUGUCGUGUAUCGCGCCACCGACUAGGACGGCCGAUCAGCAGUAGGCUGUCCCCCUCGCCUGGAGUGAGUGAGCGAUUUGUACACGCUGUUGGCAAAGGUUAGAUCGAUCAGGUUCGACGAGAGGGAACGGACGGCCUCGCACGGCCACCGACCGUCAUGGCUCACCGUCGUCCGGCCGGCGGCACGUCCUCGCCGUCGUCGUCUGUCACCGACAACGAAAAUGCCAUCAGACUACUGGAAUCGCUGCAGAACGACUUCAAGAGCUUGUCCAUGGAGACGAAGAAGAAAUAUCCACAAAUCAAAGAGGCGUCUGAAGAGGCCAUUGUCAAAUUGAGAAAUUCGGCGGCUGUUGCGGCCGAUCACUUGCAACAACAACAACAACAACCACACCACCAUCAUCACCAGAUAUAUUAUGUUGUCAAUCAAAUACUAUAUCCUGUUGUGCAGGGGUGUGAGACCAAGGAGCCAAAAAUCGUCAAGAUGUGUUUGGGAACCAUACAGAAACUAAUCACACACCGAGCAGUUGACCAAAAAGGUGCUCGUUACAUAACUGAUACCUUGUGGAUGCUAAUGGAGUCGGGGACUGAACACGUAAAAGUAUUACAGAGUGUCACGCUGUUAUUGACCACUGACUGUGUGGUGCGUGGUGAAACUUUAGCUAGGAAUUUGGUGUUGUGUUUCCGACUACAUUUUACCAAAGACUCGCAAGCUGUCAUUAACACAGCUGGUGCUACUGUACGUCAGCUUGUAGCUCUAGUAUUUGAACGUGUUAUGCAUGAAGAUGAACAGCUUGAACAGCAACUUAAAGACUGUAGUGAAGACGAUAAUGGAUAUGAUGCACAACAACAAAGAAAUGGCAUAGAGUCCUCUGUUCCACCACAAGACCAAAGACAACAGCAAAGUAAUAGAACUCAACCAUUGCCACAACUUCAUCAUCAUCAUCAGUAUAAUGGUAGCAACGUAAGUGGAAAUGAUAAUAUCGCUGCUGUGUCUUCAUUGAGCCCUUGUGCUGCAGAUGCAUAUCAUAUGUUCCAGGACCUUGUGCGAUUGGUGAACACUGACCGUCCAUAUUGGCUGGUUGGAAUGACGGAAAUGACCAGGACGUUUGGUCUGGAAUUACUGGAGUCUGUGCUUUCUGAUUUUCAGCCUGUGUUUUAUAAACACAUGGAGUUUAGAUACCUAUUAAAAGAGCGUGUCUGCGCAUUAGUCAUUAAGCUAUUUUCUCCCAAUGUCAAGCAUCAUAGUGGAAAUAGUGGCGCUAGGAGAAACACAAUAACCAACACUGGAAGCGGCGCUUCAUCUGUUUCUGGCAAUAAUAACUCUUCAGUAAUGAUGAUGGGUGUUACUGGUGGUGCUGGCAGUCCUACCUCAAAUCACCGUGGUGAUGAUAGACCACAUUAUGCUAUUACAGUACGACUAUUGCGUCUCGUUUCGAUAUUGGUUCGCAAAUACCAUAAGCUACUGAUUACCGAGUGUGAGAUAUUUUUGUCAUUGAUUGUCAAGUUUUUGGAUGCUGACAAACCUGCAUGGCAAAGAUCUGUCGCUUUGGAGGUAUUACAUCGACUGGUGGUUGAACCUGGCCUAUUAGCCGCAUUUUGCGCAUGUUAUGAUCUCAAAUUACAUAGCACCAAGAUAUUUCGUGAUAUUAUUGACUCAUUAGCUGGAUACGUGCAAUCAUUAUUUAAUCCUGCUAUGGUGGUGUCAGGUGGCAGUUCUAUGAACAAUGCUGCAAUGAUGGCAGCAACUGCUAACGCAGCACUCCAAGGACAGUCACCAACUGUAUUGGCUGGUAUGCCAGUUGGUCCAGGUGUGUCCCCACAACCAGGUUUUUUUGGACGUAAUGGUAUAUGGCUACCAGUAGUGAUCCAGCUACCAACUGGUCAAGCUAAAUCCAUUUACCUGGAAAUGAAUGAUAAACACGAUGAACCACCACAAGUGGCUGAUGGGUAUGGUGUAUCUGUGGCAUAUGCAUGCUUAGUAGAUGCAGUUCGUGCUAUUCAAAUUGAAGUACGCCCUGAUAUACAUCAAUCAGUCGUGUUUCCGCCUUCCACCACUGCAGUAUCAUCUAAUGUUGGGGACGAUGGACGUGGUCAUCAACGAAAUACUGACAGUCUUUCCCAAAAGAACAUCCCAGAAGAUGACAAUGGUAAUGAUGAACAAAGUCAAACAACUGGAGCUAAGAUAUCUCCAUUACAUGAACAGAUAAUAAACAGUAGUUGGUAUGGACUACUAACAACAUUUUGCCCGCUAAUUGAGUCAUGUACUGACGAAGGAAUUACAGAAAACAUGCUAAAAGCAAUGCAAGCAUAUAUUGGCCUAUGCGGUCUGUUAGAUAUGCGGGGGCCACGUGACGCCUUUAUUACAGCUGUGUGCCGUGCAUGCUUACCACCACAUUACAACCUGACUGUAUUUAGUGGAGCAGUCAAUACUUGUUGUGCAGGUCAAUCAUCAACAUCGCCAACAGUGCAAUAUGCCACUUCUGCAACGAUGUAUGAUGACCAUCAUCAUCAACAAUAUAGCAGCGCGACUGGAGGUGGGUAUGGCCCAGAAUCAGCUGAUUACAAGCAACAACAACAAGUCAUAGUGGCUGUGGGAACUCCAUUGGCCACUCCUUCGUCUGUUCUGCAGACCAUGUCAUCGUCACCGUCAAGUACCUCACUACAGAACCAUGGGCCUGUCAUGCUUACAGCUAAGAAUUUGCAGUGCAUGCGUGCUCUGUUAGUACUAGCACAUUGCCAUGGUUCCAUUUUGGGAUCAUCUUGGCAUUUGGUAUUAACAACUCUGCAGCAUCUUGUCUGGAUAUUGGGCUUGAAACCAUCAACUGGUGGAAGCCUUAAAGCAGGAAAUAGUGCUGCUACAUCGGUGCCAAAUAGACACUCAAGUGUCACCAAUUCUGCCACUGUUGCAGAUGGUACGGUCGUUGGCUCAUUAUCAUCGUCCACUUCUUCAGUGUCAACAACUUCGUCAUCAAAUGUUGCUGUCAUAACAACGGCUGUUAUGGCCGCCGACCUGCCUGUACUUUCAACCAUGCUCAGUCGGCUCUUUGAGUCCAGUCGAUAUCUGGAUGAUGUUGCUCUCCACCAUUUAAUUGAUGCACUCUGCAAGUUGUCACAUGAAGCUAUGGAGUUGGCCUAUUGCAAUCGGGAACCAUCACUGUUUGCUGUCGCUAAACUUUUAGAAACUGGAUUAGUUAAUCUUUCACGUAUUGACAUACUUUGGAGACCUGUGACUAAUCACUUGUUGGAUGUUUGUCAGCAUCCACACAUUAGAAUGCGUGAAUGGGGUGUCGAAGCUAUAACAUACCUGGUGAAAGCAGCUCUACAGUAUAAAUAUCAGCCUCCGCUUAAAGAUAAUCAAAAACUACAAAUAUUAUUACUAAGUCCAUUAUCCCAAUUGUCAUUAAAUAUGAAUGGUGAUGUCAGACAACGGCAAUUGGAAUGUGUAUUACAAGUACUGCAUGGAUCAGGACAGACAUUAUCACAUGGUUGGCCAUUAGUAUUGAACAUAGUUGGUGCUGUAUCUGACCGUCAUGGAGAGAACUUGAUAAGAAUAGCAUUCCAGUGUUUAGAACUGGUACUCACUGAUUUUUUGCCACUGAUGCCGUGCAAAUGUUUACCUUUGUGUUUGGAAACCACAGCAAAAUUUGGAAUGCAAACACGUGACUUGAACAUAUCAUUGACAGCAUUAGGAUUAAUGUGGAACGUUGCUGAUUAUUUCAAAGAUAAUAAAGACAAAUUGCUCUGUAACAAUAGUGGAGGUGAUAACAAUAUGAAACGAGGAGCCAGUGGUGAAACAUUGACUGAUGGUAACACACUAGAUGCAACAAUGUCAGGAAUCACGUUGAAUGAUCCUCAAGAACUGGUAUAUCCCGAUUUUCCAGGUGUCACUACGCUAGCGGAAAUGUCCGAGUUUGAUAAGUUGUGGAUGUGCUUGUUCACCAAACUGGGUGAACUUUGUAUCGAUCCCAGACCUGCUGUUAGGAAGUCGGCCGGACAAACAUUGUUAUCAACGAUUUCUGCACAUGCAAACUUAUUGACUCCGUCAUCGUGGAAUGCUGUUUUGUGGCAGGUACUGUUUCCUUUAAUGAACAAAGUGCAAAUGCUCUGCGAGUCGGCCAGUGAUUCUACGUGCAAUACAGUUGCAGCUUCCGAUGGUACGGGUGGCAGUAGUGUAGGGGGAAGUGGUGGAAGUGGAUCGGCGGGUGGUGGUACGAUCCUGAUACACCAUUCCCGGAAUACUGAUCAAAAACAAUGGGCAGAAACGCAGGUGUCUACGCUGUAUGGUUUAGCCAGGGUGUUUAACGCAGAGAAGUACUCAAUGACAGUUGGUGGAGAUUUUGUCAAAGCGUGGACCUUGCUGUUGGAAUACAUGGAAAAAGCGGCUUUGAAUAGAAAUGUGGAGGUAUCGCUGGCAGGGUUGCGUUCAUUGCACGAACUCUUAAUGGUUUAUAGCAACUCCAAUAACGUCGGUGAUGGUACAAAUAUGACGCCAAACGAUAAAAACGUAGCGCCUGAGGUACGGUUGCCGCGAGAAGAAGAUUGGCAAAGUAAAAACGGAGUUGCUGGAUCGGCCACACCUACAAUGGCACCGCCGUCUUCGUUGGUGGAAAAUGAAAUUUGGACAUGUACAUGGACUGUAUGGAUGCGAAUCGCAACGGCCGCUACUGAAACGACAGUUGUUGAAAGUCCCACUAAUCCGCCUCCGACAACGACUGCUAGCAGCGGAUCGUCAGCGGCCGGAGUGGAAGACCGUCGUCGUCGCGAGUAUCAGCAGCCACAACAACAUCAUCAGUCUCUGCAACAUAAGCAGAAAUUUUUAACGGCCCUGUUGCAAAUAUUUCCGUUAAUAUUUACGCGCAUCAAAACCAGGUUCACUGACCAAGAUUUAAAAGAUCUUUUCCGAGUAUUGGAUGCAGCAGCUGCUGUUGACGGAUCAGCGGCGGUGGUUCUGUCUGAUCACCAUCAUCAAUACUAUCAUCAUCAACAGCAACAACAGAAUUACUACGGUGGUAGCUACAGUCAACAACAGUUGACUCGAUUGCAGGACGAGAUUUUACAGUGUCUGGAAACGUUAGAACGGGAAACAUUGAUUUUCGACGAAGAAGAAUUUAAUGGUGCAGGACCUUCGUCAUCUAUUGCCGCUGAUAAUACGCCGAUACGUAAUGACAGUGGUGACAUAGAUAAAAAUAACUCAAUGACUUCGACGGAGCAGCAACGGCAGCGGAGUCAACUGGUCCAGAGAUUUCUGUGUCCUCUCUUCGAUCAACUGUUGAAAUUCUGCCGUUUCGUAUGCCCUCCGUUACCACCUUCUGUAUCCAACACCGGUAUUGAUAGACAACAAUUGACAAACGGUGCAACGGCGGUCGACCAAUUUCACCAUCACAACAAGUUUGCAGCGGCGGUGGCUAUCGAUUCGAAUUAUGUAGCGUUUGGUGAGAAAGCAGUGCUCAUGAUUGUUGAUUUGUAUGGAAUGACGGCGGCUGAAACAUGCGUAGUUAAAGGCGAGAUUUUGAGACGAAUCAUUGAGGUGUUUUCUGUACCUCUUGCCGGCCGAUACUCUUCCUAUCCGACACCAGCUCCGUCAUUCCAUUACCAUAUGGACGUUACUCCCUUAUCGUCGGGAAGCACGCAGCAACAGCAGCAGCAACACGUUCAACAGCAACAACAGCAGCAUCUCAUGUUAGUGCGGCGACGUCAGCAACAGCAACAGAACACGUGGAAACUACUGGUGGUCGGCCUAAUGAAUGUGCUGUCAGUGGGGGUGCCGCUGGCCCGGGACUCCGGUGGAGAUGAUUAUAUUUCUAUCUGGUCACCGCUUGGUUCUGUUCUGGAAGACAUAUUAUUCCCAAAGAACUUACCUCCAGCGUCCGCGAUGUUGAAAAGCAACAAAAUGGUGGACGACAAUGACGAAAACGAUUCUGUGAUAAUUGACUGUCAGCUGGUGGAAUUCUUGAAGGAUGAAAUACUGUCGCAGUCAAACAACGUGCCUAGAGAGUUCAUCAUGCGAGUGGUGGUGUUGCUGAACCGAGGCUCGGUGUUGUCCACCACCACCGCGUCGACAUUGCCCAACUAUCCGUACGGCGGCGGUGGAUACGAUACGAUGAUGAUGGUGGAUUGCCGUGAGGGAGGCGUCUCUGGCGGUGUCACGGGCUCUGGCGUCGGCGGUUUCUCGCCGCCAUCCCUCUUACGAGAACAGUUCGCCAAAGUGUGUUUUGAAACGCUAUUGCAGUUUUCAUUGGUAGACGGUCUAUCAUCGUCGUCACCUCCACCGAUGGAUACUUCAGCGACAACGGUGAACAGUGGUGGUAACGAAUCCAACGCGGACGCCGAACUGAUUACUGGCAAACUCGCUGUUACGGCGUUGCUGCACAGAUUCCAGGAGGUUGUCGAGAAGUUCUGUCAUGAUCAAAGUUUGACCGGAAAGUGUCCAUUGCCCAGGUAUCGCAUGUCAGAAAUAUCAUUUGUCCUGAAAGCAAUCGCUACACUCAUUGUGUCUUUGAAAAAAACUCCCGACAAAGUCAGCAAAGCCGUGUGGGAUCAGUUGAUCAGACUGUACCCGUGCCUCGUGCGGUGCGUACCACACACUCAACAAUGUUGUUCGUCGCCUCAGGUCACUGACUCGCUGACCGAAGCUUUGCUCCAGUACGGCGACCUGUUGCUCAAAGCGCCGCCCUCGACCGCUGCCGACGCACAACAACAACAAUAAUUCCGAAGAGUCGACACUAUCGCCACCGCUCGGAGACAUUCCUCCUCUCGCUACUUCUCGCACGCCUUCAUCAUUUAAAAACGUUUUUGUUUUUUUAUUUUCUUCAUUAGAUAUUAUUAUUAUUAUUAUUGUUUCUUUUCUUUGUCGAAGCCUUCGCCGUCGCUGCUGCCAAUCACAAAUAACGUGUUUUUGUUUGUGAAUAAUUUGUAUUACGUACCUAUUACCUAUUACUUUUAACUAUCAUCGUCAUCAUUAUUAGUAUUAUUAUUAUUUUUUACUAUUACUGUCAUGAUUAUUACCUUCGUCGUCGUCACUCGAGUGUUGAUUUAAUUAUUGUUAACCCAAGCAGUAGUACCUAUAUAUUACACCUUAUAAAGCUCGGUGAAUAACAGUUAUUAUAUAUUAUUGUUAUCGUCAUUAUUAUUAUUAUUAUUUUAGUUGUAUCAUUAUUGUUAUACUAUACGCUAUACACGUUUACACGAUAAACGGACAUAAACAAUUAGCCGUGGGCGCUUAAAAAAUACCUCUUAAACGACGAGCUUAUAUAUAGUGCAUACGGUACGAUGAUCGAGAUAGUCUGGCGAGUGCUAACGCACAUACCGAAUGAAAAAUGAGUAUAGUACUAUACUACUAUAGUGUAAAACGCCACGGCGGUGGUGGCCAUAUUAUUAUUAUUAUUAUUUUAUAUAGCGAUGAAGACAAUUAUAUCAUUUCCGUCCUCGUCAACGAUUUUUGGACAUUUGUAUUUAUAAUAUUUAUACAGUGGGAAGAUUUCAGAUGAGAAUCUAUUUUUUAUUUUUAUUUGUAAUAUUUUAAUGCACGUUAAUACAAUUAUGUAUUUGUGUAAAUUUUUU